CAACACGUCCCUCUCCCCAUUGAUGCACCCCAACGCACACACAAUCAUCCGCAAACACCACCAAAAAUGAGUCGUCAAAUAGAAUUGGCACUCGUGUCGAUGCUUCCGACCUAUAACAAAGAUCUACCUCCUCAGCUAGUCGAUCUUGCGGGUUCACUACUUGCUCAGUCUCGUUCCAAGGCCAGCACUCUCAAAGCCGAAGAAGAGAUUGCCCGCCAAUAUGCAUGCGCAAACAUUGCUUGCGAAAGACUCAAAAUUGUCCUCGAUCUACCAACCAUUGAACCACGACCACCAAUCCCUCCCCGUAUCUACAAGAAGCUCUAUCAACACCUCGACAAUAUUCUUCCCAAUGCAGCAGGCAGCAGACGAUCGUCUAUGAGAACACGAACCUCACUGCCAGCCCCUGUAGAAUUUUCUACGGCGCCCAACUCCGAAGCACGCCCCAUCCCGUCAAGAGCCACACCCACGAAAGAGAAAGCCUUGGCUCAAUUCAAAACGACUGACGGCACUCCCUCAAGGAAGCCAUCCACAAAAAAGGACGAUACAGAAACCCUCCGAGACGGCUUACACCCGUGGAUAGCACCCGCUAUCCGAUUCAUGUGCAGUGAAAGUGAUAACAAACGGAUUGCUCCUACAGUGUUGGCGGGAGCAGAGAUUAUCGCCUGCCCUGGUGGCCGCAAGACGGAAGACGCCUGGGUCAACGAGCACCCCACGGAGAUGCUGGUAGCCAUUGUGCACGCCGUUUUCAUUCAACUUGCUUUAUUGACGUCAACAGACUCGGAAGAAGAAGAUUUAUAUACGCCGAUGCGUAAAACGGUCAUGGAGCUGCUCAACCGUGCCCGCUCAGAAGCCGUCUUCAUCGGCAUGGAAGAAGACGGUGCAUGGGACGGCUGGGUAAAGCUCAAAGUAAAGGAUUUCGACGAGGCUACAGCGUAUGCUAAAGCAGCCGGCUGGUUUGACAGCGAUUGGUUUCGAAACAUUGUCGACGUAGUCAGCUCAGGCAACAACGGAAAGGAUGCCAUGGACGUUGAGGAUACGGAAAUAGCCGCUGCAGGACCAGGCCGACGAGCCGACACCAUGUUCCAGGAGCGGUACGACUAUCUAAGCGAAGCCAGAAUCAUAGACUACAAGGUGUGGAAGGCAACACAGCUGGACCGCAUCUCUCAAGCCAUCGCUGCAGGUGCCGGCAACGCCAUGGACAUUGACUCGUAGGCGUCUAUCCGUCACCGCCCAGUCACACCUCUAUAUGAUUUACGAAAUAAUGAAUAUUCACAAAAGAAAAACUACACCCAUUGAUACUAAUAGACGUCGUGAUUAUAAACUUUACUACAAUAGACUACAUGAUGCAUCUAACCAAUCUUACCCUGGACAACAGGGUGGCCAGCACUCAGACCACCAUCCACGGCCCAGGCCUGACCGUUGACGUAGCUGCUCUCAUCGCUGCCGAGGAAGAGGGCGACACGGGCAAUCUCAUCAGCAUGGCCACCACGGCGCAACGGGUUCAGCUGACCAAUCUUCUUCUCGGUGCCUCUGGCGCGGGCAGAGGUGUAAACCUGUUCAGUCAUGCCGGUCUCAAUCAAGCCGGGGCAGAUGGCGUUGAUACGGACUCCAGUUCCCGCAAGCUGGUAAGACACAGUCUGAGCGAGCGAUACAACGGCUGCCUUGGAAGCCGAGUAGGGUGUCGAGCCAGCGUUGGAGCGGAUACCGGCUACGGACGCGGUGCCGAUGAUGCUGCCGCUGGCCUCGGGCUUGUCGUCGCUAGUCUCCAUCAUGGCAGGGGCGGCGUACUUGGCAGCAAGAAAGACGCUGAGCGAGUUGACCUUCAUAAUGUGCAUGAACUCGGCGGCGUCAAAGUCAGUGAAGAGCGAGGGCUUGCCUGCAACACCGGCAUUCGCAAAAAAGACGUCGAGGCGCUUGUAGCGCUUCAUGGCGUCGUCAACAACCUGCUUGACAUGCUCCUCGUUGGAGGCAUCGAACUUGCGGACGUGCACAUCGACAGACGGGUAGGCGCUGUUGAUCUCCCUCUUGUGCUUUUCGAGGUUGGAUGCGUCA